AUGGAACGAGGCCAUUUGUACGGGAAGGAAGCCAUCAAAUCUUUUCUGGAGGCAUUCAAGAUCAAAGCGAUUUGCCAUGCGAAACAAGUUGUAAUGGAUGGCUACGAGUUGUUCUCCGAUUCGACCGAGUUGAUCACUCUUUUUUCUGUUCCAAACUAUCGCGCAAAGUAUGCCAACGAUGGAGCAGUGAUGCAACUGUCAGAUACAUUGACUGUAUCGUUUUUGAUCCUGGAAAAUCCGAUCCAGACAAACGCAUCCUCAGAGGAAAAUGCAUGUCAAACGAAUUCUCAUCAAAAUCAUCAACUGGAACAUCAGCACUAUGAACAACUAUGCAAUCUGGACACACAGUCGCAUGAAUCAAAUCAAUCUCAACAAGAAUGUUCCUAA